AUGCACUAUCUCAUAAUCAUUCAUCCAUCUAGCACAGAUACCCCAGGCGUCAUCAAACGCGUCUCACACCCCUUCCUUAUUCAGGGCUUCAACACCUUCCUUCCUGUCGGCUAUCGCAUCGAGUGCUCCUCUGACCCCCAACGGUCUGCUUUUAUCACCAUCACCACACCUACAGGCACAAUGCUUCAGUUUACCCGUGACGACCCUUGGCCUUCUACUCCAUCCGUUGCCUCUACCACCGUCUUUGGUCCUGAGCCUGAUCCAAAUAUGUACGGCAUGAAUCUCGGUCUCGACAGCUCCUCUAUAGAACCAGCCUUUCAGUCCAAAUCAUAUAACACCACUGAUGGCGUUGACGAGCGUGAAGUAUCAGCUGAGAUCCCCCGCCUUUUCAAAGACGACCCCUAUUUGCGCCCAUAUUUUAGGAUUCUCAUGCCCGAGAAGAGCCAGGAUGUUUUCGACGAAGUAGAAGAAAGCUAUCUCUCCCCCACAGGACGCUACACCCGCUCAAACACGCCUCUCGAUGGCAAGCCUCUCCGCCGUCGUCCAGGACCCUAACCACCCAUCGGACCCAUCGUCCCUCAAAAUCGCAAACGCAAAGUCAACAAGCGCGAACGAGACCCCGUCUCUUUAGCACCCAAAGCUCCUUCCAAGUCCUUCCCUCCUCCCACUACACGACACCCACUUCUUCGACCGCGUCAAACGCGCGUUAGGCAACCGAGACACCUACAACGAGUUUCUUCAAAGUCGUAAACCUCUUCACGCAAGAACUCAUCGAUACCGCUCGCCUCGUCCG